GUGAUGGGAGCGCACAUUAACGCUGCGACACUCAGCUCUGUGGCUUUUUCCUGAAAGUUUGAUCUGAUUUAUGGAAAUAUACAAGGAGGAACUAACGACUACGGCUAUACAGAAGCGUACCGAAUAACCUCGUCUUUCCUGUGUCUUUUAAAAUUCCUGAUCAUGUCGAGGAGAAAAGUGAGGGGACUCACUCGAACAGGGCGCCAGGUCAGCGAGGAUCCUGAUCUGGACAACUUGCUGUCAAAUCUGUCGCCCGAAGAGAUGGAAGAGCUACAGAAAGAAGUGUCGACAGUUCCUGACCCGGACCCUAGUGAGAUUGUCAUAGUAGAUCAUCACAGUGAUUUAAAAAAAAGCAUCCCUACUAAAAGAGAUUCCACUGUGACAAAUCACAGCGAAUUAAAGACUGGUCUGCAAAGGAAUCUUUCCACCGAGGGUGAGCCCAGAAGGGAAAGUCGGAAACAAGAAUAUCUCAGAAAAAUGGGUCUGAGUCAGGAGUCAAAUGCUCCCAGUAAUGACAGCAAGGAAGAAGGAUGUCCGACUUCCAUAUCCAGUGCUCCAGAGAGACAAGAGAGAAAUAUGGAGGACAGGGACACACGAACCGCAGAUGAUUCUAAAGAUGGUAGGGCAUGGCGAUUCAAGAAGAAUGAGGAAAGUGAAAAGAAAUCUAAUGUCGAGACCAAAGAGCAUAAUGAUGAAUCCAAGCUGAAAGAUUGCAACAGCAAGACGAAGGAGUUGAUAUCCAAGCUUCAAGAGAAAAAGCAGGAUUGUAAAGAGAAAGAGAGGAGAGAUGAAAGCCGCAAGAGAGAAUCAGGAGACAGAAAAACCAGGGAGAUGAUUUCCAAGUUACAAGGGAAGCAGGAGAAGGAAGAAAAAAUGGAACAAGAAAUAAGAGCAGAAAUCAGGAAAAAGCAGGACACGAAGACAAAAGGCCUUGUUUCCAAAUUAGAGGAAAACCAAAAUUCUGUUGUAGAUGGCAAAAAAGAGGGCAUCAGUAGAUCUACUAAUAAAGAGAAGACUGAAGAACAAGUAGAGUCUGUAAAGUUAGUCAGCAAUGGUAAGGAAAAAGAAAUGAUUCCAAAGGAUGAUGGGAAAAAUAGCAACGUUAAAAAGGAUGAGAAAGAGAAGAAAGUGGAGGAUAGUAAUCAAGUGAAAGAAAUAUUAAAAAUGAGUUCUGCUGACACUUGCAAAAAGACGCCAAAUGUGCAAACUGAGAUCCAAAAUAAAAAACCUGAACCCAACAAAGAAGAAAAAGUUGGACGUUGUGUGGCAGAAAAUAACUCAAAAACCAUAACUAAGGAAGAACAAGAGGAAGACGAGUCUGCUAGCAUGUUUGCUGAAGCUCUAGAGAGACUACGGAGCAACGACCCCAGUAUGACUGAGGUCAAUGUCAACAAUUCAGAAGUCAUCAAAGUCAAAACCCUCAUUCAGUUUGCUGAAGCACUAAAGAAUAACACACACGUCAAGACAUUUGCCCUUGCUAACUGCCGUGCAGAUGACCAUGUUGCUUUUGCCAUUGCAGGCGUCUUACGCAGCAACAAAAUGAUCACCAGCAUCAACAUGGAUUCUAAUCUUCUCACCAGCAAGGGCAUCAUGGCACUGGUCCAAGCCCUCCAGCACAACGCCUCCCUAACUGAGCUUCGCUUCCAUAAUCAGCGGCAUAUUUGUGGCGGCAAGACAGAAAUGGAGAUGACAAAAAUUUUGAAAGAAAACACAACUCUUCUCAAACUGGGCUACCACUUUGAGUUGGCUGGCCCACGCAUGACCAUGACCAACAUCCUCAGUCGUAACAUGGACCGGCAGAGGCAGAAAAGGUUGCAGGAGCAGAAACAGGCCACAGCACAGGGACAGGAUGUCAAGAAGGAUUCUCUGAAGGUCCCACAACCUGGCUUCAGCAAAGGUUCUCCAAGAAACUCUCCAAAGCCAUCGCCCAUUCCAUCUCCCAUACCAUCCCCUAAGUUGACGCCAAAGGCCCUUAAAGGAUCCGGGGGAGCACCACCGCCUCCACCACCACCACCUCCAAUUAUAGAUGGUGAAUUGCUGAAGAACUCUCUAAGCCCUAUAUCACAAAGAAAGCUUGAGGACAGGACGGGAGGCAGAGGUGGAAGUCUCAAUUCAAGGGAUCAACUUUUAGCAUCUAUAAGAGGUGCCAAUAUGAAACAGUUAAAAAAGGUUGCAGUACCCAAACUACUGCAAUAAUCAGACGGAGAAAGUUAAACAGAAAGUACAUCUCACCCAAUGAAGAUCAGGCCUUUGCUUCUUCUACACGGAGUCUGCUAUGGCCUAUAAGAUUGUCAAGGAUGUUCAUGAUAAUAUGGUGUAAUUCUGUAGGAUACAACUUCAGCCCAGGAUUCUGUCAUGAGCUAUGGAAAGGAAUGGAAACCUGGUACAGACAUGGUGCUGUUAAAGAUUUACAGCCUAUACUGAUAUUUGCACUAUGUGAAAUCCUCAUAUGGUAAAUCGAUGGAUGUCUGUGCAAAAAAAAAAGAAACUACGGAUGCAGGAAAAUUUGAUUGAUAAAAUUAAAAUCGGUUGGUGGCUUCAAAAUGUUAUAAUAAAAAACAAACGAAAACGCUUACAAUAAAAAAAUUGCAUAGUUGUAGCUAACGUAAAGAGUAUGGUAUAUUUAUGGGUUUAUUUUGGUUCUUUUUUCAGAUUUUGUUUUAUAAAUUGUUUUUGAGCUUUAUGGUAUUGCACAGCAGUCCACAUCAGUUCAAUAUUGUAUUAUACUGGUUAUGCCUAAUUCAUGUUUAAGUAAUAACACAUUUCUCAGGAUACCUUUUGUAAUACACUAUAUCCCCCACUACCAAACCCCAAAAUUAUUUUAUGUCACUUGAAAAAAAAAAAAAACAUAUUUGCCAUUCCAUUUAUUAAUAAAUGAUUUCAAUCUAUUCCGCACUGGAAUUAUUUCAAGUGCUGAUCCUCUUCAAAAUUCAUUUUGUCCUUUGCUUGAUGUUUCUCAUGCUUAUGAUAUCAGCUGGGCAGGUGAAAUUGUAUUUUGUUAUUUUUGUUUAAAUGUUGGCACAUCAAUGUUUUUGUGCUAUUUUAAGAAAUGUUGAAGCUCUGGAAGAUUUCAGUCAUGAUUAUUCUUUAAUUAAGCCUAUUAUACUAUGCUUACAUUACAGCAAACUUAUAAAAGCAUGUUUACUUGCAUCUUCUUUUAAUUGACAUAUUGCAUUAAUGUGAUGUUAUUACCUAGUAGCCAAAAAAUGUGUUGGGUUAAAAUAGCCAUAAAAUAUUUUACUUAUGUUACAUCUCAGUUUAAGGUUAAAGCAAUAACAAAAAAAGUAUGAUGGAAAAAAAUGGCUAAAUUAAAAAAAAAAAAAAAAGCACAGAUUUGGAGAUCACAGUCAUGGUGAAGUGCAUAGAGUUAGCCAUGGCCAAAGUAAACCAACAUUCCUGAAUGACUGAAGGAAAAAUAGCUGUCCUAUUUACACCAAUAAAGUAAAUAAAUGAGUGGCAAAUGCUUUUCUUCUUCCCUAGCAAAACACGAACACUAGGAAACAAUGAUAUUUAAUACAGAAUACAGUAGAAAGUUUGGUCAUACACCAAAAACUUACAAAUUCCACAGUGUAAAUGCAAGCAACCAAGCAUGAAAGGUCUGUCAUUAUCAUAUUGCAAUAUAAAUAAAGGACAAGACACUGAAAUUAAGCACAUAGAAAAAAAGGACAAGUGGACACAACAGAAAGCAGAGAACCACAAGGAAGCACAUUAUGGGGAAGUGUGGAGCAUAACAUAAAAAAUUACAUAUACUAAUAAUGUUCACAUACAGGGUAAGGAAAGUAUAAACAAGGGCAACGUUUAAAGACCUGGGUGAAAUCAUAAGGCAACAUCAAGGUUUGUUUACAUUUUGAGUUUAAAAAAGACACUAAAACUAAACAAGGAUGACAUCACACUGAACAUGCUAUUAGAGGGUAGAUAAUAUUUAUAUUUAGAUAUUUAUUUAAUAUUUAAAAACCCUCUCCAAUCAAAACUAUUCUGUAUUAAUUAAUUAUCUUAAUUAACCUAUUCUGUCACUACUGCUUAAAUCUUGAAAGAUUUUUUUUUUUUUUUUUUUUUACUUUUGUAUAUAGUAAUUUAUACUGGAAAUAUGAACAAAACAUUAUCACACCAUGCAUGUUAGAAAACGACAUAAAGUUUAAAUAAAGUGUCCCUUCUGUUUAAGAUAGAACAUUUAAAUAUAUACUGCUCUAAUAUUCAAUCCUUCAGAUGUGUUGUCAAAUGCAUAUCUUGUUUAAAGGCUAUUUAUACAGCAGUGAAGCAUUUCUUUAAAUUUGUGUUUGGAGUUGAAGAGCAGCAGGGCAGUUUAUACUCAGUUGUUAUAUUCAGUGGGUGCAGACUGCACCCAUGAAAUGCCUAUAUUUGGUCAUUCUCAGAGGCUGUAUCUCAUUCCUUUCUCCUUUCUAAUAAGGGGAAAACAGCCAACAGUGUCUGUCCACAGUGAGAGAGAGAGAGAGAGAGACAGAUUAAAGUUCAAUGUCUUUUAAAGGUGACUUUAAUUUUCUUUCCUGAGGAGUUCCUGCCAAUGUGACUGUUAAAUAGAUGUUACUUACUGUA